AUGUAUUGUUCUACAAAUAGAAGUGAUUCGUUAAAUUAUCAAUCCGCGCCGGACAAUAGUAACAAGUUUUCGAAAAAAUCGGGGCAUUUCAAUUAUGCGCAACACGAUUCUAAAAGUAUUACCUCAUAUUCAGAUGAUCAUCGGAGGAACAAGGAGCAUUCGCGACGUUCCGCCCGCUCUGCCAAUUUCGAUAACGAAAAAGAGGGACCGAAUAUGAAAAAUGACGAAAACGUUGGAAAACUGAAGUACGAGGGUAGAUAUAAUGGAUAUUACACGGGCCCGCGCCCAUAUAAAAGUUGUUUUAAUAAUAAUUGGAACUAUAACAAAUAUCAUGAUGGCGAUGGGCCCGCAAGAAAUAAGGCCAGGAAUUUUGGCAGCUACAGUAACAACAGGCCUCCAUACGAUGAUGCCGGUUAUAGUUCAAAGCAACAGCGCACAAACUUCGAGAUAAACACGAAUAGGCAAAACGUGAAAUGUCAACAAUGCGCCACUAAUGAUGUAAGCAACUCCAACAAUGAAAUCUACAGGGAGAAAAGGCCAAGAAUUGACUACAGAGUGAAUAAUAAUACUAGCCACAAGUAUUAUAACAACAAUUUUGGAAAUAGGUAUAACAGAAGGCAAAACAUGGACUGUGAUUAUAGAGAGGGCGCUGAAAGAAAUCAAAGACCGAAUUACAACUUUAAUAAUAAUCAUGGAAGAAAACAUUGGACAUACGGCGAGAAUCGCGACCGUGGAGACGCGUCGAGCUUAAACACUAAUCUGUCCAUUGUUGAAACCAUUGUUGAAUGCAAUCGAAAGGAUGCGGAAUUCGAUAAUAAUCGCGACAUGGAUAAUAUUUGCAGUCAGCAAAAGAACUGCAAUUCGAAGAUGAUUAAACAUGGCAAAAACAAGGACUACAUAAAUUUAUAUGAAAACAAGAAUGAUCGACGCAGUUCUAAUGAAAGUGUGCAGAGUUUUGCUGAAUUUCUGAAAUCUGAACGCGAAACAGUUAAAACUACUCCGCCAAAAGCACUACCUGAAACUGCUAAGCAUGUUAUUGACGUGGAAAAGGACUUGAAAAUGAAGACCUUUUUGAAUGCUAAAAUCGAUUUGAAGCAAAGCGAUAUGGAUAUCUUAUUUUUUAAGUGUACCAGCAAUGAUUACCAGAUCCUUUGCAAAGAGCUCAGAAAGCAGUUGGUUGAAAUGACAAUUUCCAACGAAAAACUACGCGGGGAAUACCAAAAGUCUCUGGAACAAAUUAGCAUAAUUACUUCGAAGCUGCAAAGAUCACCAAUGAAUUCUAAAACUACUUUCAACAUCGAGAGUAAAAAACCAAUUGCGAAUAUAUGGUCGGAGGACAUUAAGGACAAUAACGUUUCACCAAAGAAUGAAGAGAAGAUUAAUAAGAGGCACAAACAAUUUUCGGGAAAGUUAAAAAAUCAGUACGAAACUUUUAAACAUACACAGCCGAUCAAUCAUUUCGACGAUAGCCCGAAAAGUAAUAAAAAGAAAGGUUCGGCGGAUUCAACAGAUUACGAAACUGACAUAUCUACGCCAAGAAGCUACAUUUAUGAUAUAGAUAUAGGAAACGAAGCAGAAGAAACGUAUUUAUUUGACGAUUGUACCAGUCUCCAACAAAAAAAUUGUAUGAAUACUGAUACAGAAUCAUCACAUAAUUCUUCACGGUUGCCAAAAUCGGACGAUCUAUCUAAUAUUUCUGACUGGAACUCCCUAGCUGCAGAAGAAUCAAAAUUGGCGCUUAGUUAUCCUGACAAUGAUCGUGAUUUGCAUAUAUCAAGUCAAAAAAUAUGUCUGGACAUGAUCAAGAAAAUAUUCCCUGACGAACUUGUGGAAAACUUAGCAGAGAGCUUUGAUAGAAACGACAAAUUGGAUAGUCCACCAGUUAAAUUACCAAAGGAUGUAAAUAAAGUUGAUAAAACAACACUUUAUGAUCCCACGUCAACUGUUGGUAAUAGUAAUAUGUCAAGUUUUGGUUUAUAUUUGUCUAGGGUAUUGAGUAACACUGUAGUUGAUCCAUCUAUUGCAGAUAAAAUAUCAGUUUCUAAAGGACCCGAAGGCAGUAGUUUACAAGUUGAUCGGGGAGAAAAGGCUGAAAUUUCGUUCAAUAAAAGCACGCUUCAAGUCCGAGAUAUUGAUAUAAAUAAAACUAAUAAUAAUUAUUUAUCUUGUUUAAACAUAACAAAUGAUAAUAAUGAUCAGAAGGUAUCAAGCGAAAAGUCAAAUUAUGAAGCACGCGAAGCGUCCACGAAUAAUAUAAAAUUGUGUACAGAAAAAAAAGUUUCGCCUAAUCAUAUUCCAUAUAAGGGUUUUAAUUUUGACAACCAAUACCAAACUUCAAGGAAAGCCGAAAAGUAUAUUUAUAAUAACUUUUUGGAUUUGAACAGUUCUAAUAAAAAUGAUAAAACGAAGUGCGUGUAUGAUAUGAAGUCUGGUAAAUUUUGUGUAGAAGUUGAAAAUUCUCCAUUUCAUCUUUUCAAUCAAAAUAUUUUUAAGAAACCUGAUUUUCUCAUUACCUCCGAUACAAAUUUAAUUGUUAAGCAGGAAAACAAUAAUAGUCAAGUUGCAUCGAAAUCUUUUAGAGAAAAUAUCACAGGAAGUCAUUUUAGUAAUACCGAAUGCAAAACUACAAAUUUGUCUGUGCCGCAUGAGGAUAAAUGUAAAAGAGAACCUAUAGAUGCUGCUAAUAUGGUUGAUGGUAUUUUCAAUAGAAUAUUGAACUUACCGAAACUACCGUGGAUACCAAUUACGACAAAUAUAAUUUCCAGUAAUUCAAUUACCAGUAAUACAGUUGCCAGUAAUACAGUUGCUAGUAAUACAGUUGCCAGUAAUAAAGAUGCCAUUAAUACAAUUACCAGUUUUUCAAUUACCAGCAAUACACUUAUCAGCAAUACAAUUACCAGUACUACAAAUACUAGCAAAACAAUUUUUGGUGCAUUAGAUAACAUUCAUGCAGAAAGUUAUAAACACAACUUCGCAUAUGAGCGAAAAACCGAUGAUUUGCAUGUAUUAUCUGAUCCAAUAUAUCCUCCUAGCAACAACAGUGGAAUAGGAAAGAAAAAUACUCGAAAAAUGAAUCCUAAAAAGUGGAAGAAAGUUGAUCUUUCCGCGGAAUUUUCAAAACGUGACAGUUUGAUUUACAACAAGCAACUAUACAAUCCUCAAACUCCUGUUGGAACAAGUUAUGAAAAAGAGACCAAAAGUUCAACAGAUAUUAUGCAGCAAGCUAUUUUCAAUAAUACUGAUGAUUUAGAAAAAGAUUUUGAUGACACUGAUAUUGCAAAGAAAGCUUCAGAAUUUUUUACUGCAAAUUCUACUAUGGCUAAUAACACAAAAUUUGAGGAUGGAGUAAACAAUUUUUGCUUUAAAGAUGAUUAUAAAACAACAGUAUUGGAAACAAGAAAAUCAAAAUUGGUCCCAUUGAAAACUUAUAACGACAUGAUUAGUGAAUUUCACAUGACUCCAAGAUGUACGAGCCCAAAUUUGCAGUCCAAAGGCCGUGUUUUGGGUUGGAAGAAAAUCCAAGAGCAAACACACGAGUGUAGCGUCUGCAAAGAGGGAAUAAACUUUGACGAACUCAAGGAGCUGAUAUGUCGUCAUAGUUUUCACAAAAAGAUCAGGAGUUGGUAA